AAGCUUGUCACUCAUCACUUCCACGAAGAAGUUAACAGAGCAAGUUCAUCCAUUCUCAACUCUCAAGAAAACAUCAGGCGGCAGCAGACAGCGGAAGCUAGCAAUGGCCGGAGAUCUGGGUAAGAGCAGCGGCGGCGCCAGGGUGUGCGUGACCGGAGCCACCGGGUUCGUCGGCUCCUGGCUCGUCAGGAAGCUCCUCGACGCAGGCUACACCGUCCACGCCACCAUGCGAGGCACCGGAGACGAGGAGAAAGUGGGGCGGCUGCGGCGGCUGGUGGUCCCCGGCGGGGUGGCGCCGGAGCGGCUGGUGCUGUUCGAGGCCGACCUCUACGACCCCGCCAGCUUCGCGCCGGCCAUCGCCGGGUGCCAGUCCGUCUUCCUCAUCGCCACGCCGUUCGCCGACGGCGCCGCGGAGGCGGCCGUGGGCGCGGUGCGCUCCAUCCUCCGGCAGUGCGAGGAGUCCGGGACGGUGAAGCGCGUCAUCCACACCGCGUCCAUGUCGACAGCCUCGCCGCUCACCGCCGCCGGGUACAAGGACUUCAUCGACGAGUCCUGCUGGACCCCGUUCGACGUGGACUACCCUCUCCGGAGUGCUGACUUCGAUGUAAGUGCCAGUCGAUCUUCUUCUUCUUCCACGAAUCAAUCUGGUCGCGAUAUAUGUCAACUUACGGUGGAAAUCAUCGUCAUUUGCAUGCAGAAGUACAUGCUGUCGAAGCUCCUGUCAGAGAAGGAGCUGCUGAGCUACAACGACGGCGAGGACCCGGCGUUCGAGGUGGUGACCCUGCCCUUGGGCUUCGUCUCCGGCGACACGCUCCUCGGCCGCGUCACGGAGGCGCUGGAGGUGGCCGUGUCGCCGGUGUCCGGGGACGAGUCCCGCUUCGGGUUCAUGAGGCUGCUGCAGACGGUGGCGGGCUCGGUGCCGCUGGUGCACGUGGACGACGUCUGCGCGGCGCUCGUCUUCUGCAUGGCGCGGCCGUACCCUGUCUCCGGCCGCUUCCUCUGCGCCGCCGCCUACCCGAACAUCCACGACGUCGUUGACCACUACGCCAGCAAGUACCCUCACCUCGACCUCCUCAGAGAGACCGAGGAGGUGGCGAGGGUGCAACCUGAGAGGAACAAGCUGGGGGAGCUGCGUUUCCGGUACAGGUACGGGAUGGAGGAGAUAUUGGACGGCAAUGUCCAGUGGGCAGCGAGGCUGGGGCACCUUGAUGAAUCCAAGCUCAGCGCGCAACACAAGGAUAUGAACCCAAUUAUUGAUUAGUGGUUGUGCGGCACAUUAUACACACGAUUGUUUGAUUUUCUUAUGCGUCUUGUGCGUUUCUGAAUCCAUAUCAUUGGAAGUACAUGUACUGUUAAAGGAAAUGAGAGGUGCGAGUGAUAAAUAAAUAUGCUUUUGAUUUGUUCGA